GCAGUAGCAGUAUUAUGAUGGAACAUAAGGUUAUUGCGCAGGUGAUCCUUAAGGAAGAUGUCAAUUUGUCUGAGGAGCAUAAAAUGAUCGUGGGACAGGUGUGGACAGAUAUAAAUAAAGCAGUAAGAGACAAUUGCACCGGUACACUGUGCGUUUCUGAUCUUUAUAUAAUGCAGUCAAGAGAACCUCCGAGUAUGAGUGAAAUAUGUGAAAGAAUAAUUCCAUACGGCUUCAGGGAAUUUUACACCCCUCUGCUCACUCCUGAGGGCCUGUUCUGUCUGUCUUACUGCGAACCACUAUCCUCUAAUUAUCAGAACUGUAACAGGGGUAAAUGUGAGAUAAAGGAAGAUAUUGGACCCCGCUGCUUUUGCCCAAAUACAGAUCAAUACAUGUAUAUAUCAGGAACCUGUACAGGAAAGAUUUUAAAAUCAGGUUUAUAUGGAGGCAUUGGAGCAGCCAUCUGUGUCCUGGUUAUAAUAAUCAUCACUGGGUCGUUUUUCCUGUACAAAGCAAAGAGAAGUGGUUGAAAAUAAAGAGACCGGAGGUCUGUAGUGUGAGAAGGUCAGUGAUCCAAGAGGAGGCUUUGGGCUCCACAAUCUAGCUCCAACUAGUCUACAAGAAGUUAUCCAGGAUUCCUCAUCUCAUACCACCAUUAUAGGGAUUAUUACGUACCGGCUCUUAUCACUGUCGCUCCUGUGUGCUGUGGUGUGACCGGCGGGGAU